CUCUCAUUUUUAUCUUCGAGCUCCCGAUCCGUCUACUCUUUCUCUAAAAUCUUAGCCAAAAAACCCCGGUCAAUCGAAUCCAUCUACUCUUUCUCUACUCCCAAAACCCUAACAAAGCCCCCAAUUUCUUCGAUCCAUCAAAGUUUCCGUCUUUUCUCUGAUUUCUUUGCCGUUAGGGUUUGAUGGCGGAGCCGUCCAAGGUCAUUCACGUCCGAAACGUCGGCCACGAGAUCGCCGAGAGUGAUUUGCUCCAGUUGUUGCAGCCGUUUGGAACCGUGACGAAAGUCGUGAUGCUGCGGGCAAAAAAUCAGGUUUUGUUUUAAGUGUUCUGAGCUACAGUGAGUAGUUAUUAUUGUAUAAAUUUUUAGAAACAUCCUAAACGUUGAAGGGUUUUAAAUAAGAGCCCCUGAACUUUGCACACGGAACAGAACAUCUGUACUUAUUGAGUGCAUUAAGUAAAGUUGUCAGGCUAGAACGUUCGGACAAUCUGAGCUACAUCUGUACUAUGCAAAAACCCACUCAUUAAAACCACUAGUAAAUCUCUAAUCCCCAAAUUCCCUCGUCAAAAACGCACAAAGAUCUCAUUUUUAUCCCCGAAAUCCCCCUUCCUCCUCAUGAAUCAAUCCAAACUCCUUAAAAUUAACCCCCACGAAUCGGAGAACCCACUCGAUCUCUCCCUCAAAGAAUCCUUCUCCCUCUGCCAAUCUCAAUUGAGACCCCCAUUCCCUUUAAAGAUCCCAUCCCCAACUGAAUACUCUCAUCUCAAUCUUGCCCUAAUUUACGGAACCCUAACUGAGCCCAAUCUCGCCAAAACCCAUAUAACCCAUCUCCACGCUAUCGUUGUUGAUGGGUACAAGCUCUUCACGACCACUCUCAUCAACCUCACCAACCAAAAUUACCAUAAACUCCCCGAAACCCCAAGAGCCCAGCUCAUCUGGGUCACAUCCCAAUUAGUUCAAGUGUCUGCAGUGAAAGUUGAUUCCUUGUUGAUUUCUCUAUUGAGGCAGAUCUCUGGUGGGGAUUUCUCUGAGCCCAACUUGUGGUUAUGCGUUAAACUUCUCGAAAUUUUCGAUCAAAAUUGGGAUCGGUUGUUGGAUGAGCAGCCAUUGGUAUUGAAGAGUGCAGUGUUUGUGUUUCUCAGGUUGUUAUCUGAUCAUUACAGGUUGGUGGGUAUUGGGAAUUUGGAUGAUUUGAAGAGGUUGGAGGCUGAUUUUUGUGUGAAGGCAUUGAGGCAACGCUUUGCUUUGUGUAUGAAAAUUGGUAGAGAUUUGGUUAGGCUGCUGCAGGAUUUGGUUUUUAUCCCGGAAUUUAGAGAAAUUUGGAAAGAUUUGUUGUUUGAUCCUAGUAAAUUUCAGGUACCGGGCUUUACAGAUAUUUCACAGUUGUAUUGUGUGAGGACUUCAAGUCAGUAUUUUUUGCUAAGAAUUAGUCCUGAAAUGGAGACCCACUUGAGAUUUUUGCUUACUCAUGUGAAAUGGGGGAAUCAGAAGAGAUAUCAAGCUUGGUUUGCUAAGAAACACUUAAGUUUGCCCGGUAGUGAAACUGUUAUUAUUGACAUUGUUCGGUUUAUAUGUUGUGCUCAUCAUCCUUCGAAUGAGAUUAUUCAUUCAGAUGUUAUAUCAAGAUGGGCAGUCAUUGGUUGGCUUCUGACUUGUUGUAGGAAGAACUAUUUUCUGGCAAAUGUGAAGCUUGCUUUGUUCUAUGAUUGGCUGUUCUUUGAUGAGAAGGUGGAUAAUAUUAUGAAUAUAGAGCCUGCAAUGCUCUUGAUGGUGAAUUCUUUGCCACAAUAUGUUGAUAUCACUCACACCCUUCUGGAGUUUUUGUUUCUGUUAGUCGAUAAUUAUGAUGUUCAUCGAAAGGAAAUGAUUGCUAGGGGAGCAUCGACAUCAUUUGGAAUACUUGUGAGGAAAGGAGUGAUUCGAUCUUUGGAGCCUCUUAUUUCUUGUAGUUUGCUUUCACCAUUGCUCAGAGAGAGGCUCAGCACUUUUGUUUCUACUUCGAACCUUGGAGUUGUUAUGAAGGGUUCAUCUGAUUUUUGCAGUAGGCAGUUAGAGAGGACUCGUGUUGCAGAAUGCCAUGUAGAAGUUAGUAAGUAACAUCAGUGAGAAUGUUAGAAGCUUUUGAAGACGGCUUUUUUCUUAAUUCCGUUUGUAGCACUACCAGUUGGUAGGCUUGAUUCUGUAAAUUGUUUGAAUUUAAUAUCAUCGGAUUUUAGGAAUUCUUUGAUUCUCAA